AUGUCCGACAUGGCCUCUCCCGAUGCCUCCGCGGUACAUGAUACCAAAUCAUCUCCAAAUGUGAUCUCUGCGGAGUCCGAUAAUGCCUUUGAAGAUACCAAGAAGUCUGAUGCCGAGCAAAAUCAUACCAAGAACCCCAACCCUGGGGAACUGAAGCGCAAGCUGAAAAGUAGGCAUCUACAGAUGAUUGCAAUUGGUGGAACUAUCGGCACAGGACUCUUUAUUUCUAGUGGCACUGCUAUCGCCCAAUCCGGCCCCGCUGGCGCGUUGAUUGCCUAUAUGUUUGUCGGUUCGAUUGUCUAUUCUGUUAUGAGCUCGUUGGGCGAAGUUGCAACCUAUAUCCCAAUAUCCGGUGCCUUCACAUCCUAUGCAGCCCGGCUGAUCGACCCAAGUCUUGGAUUUUCUAUGGGUUGGAUUUAUUGGUUCAACUGGGCCUCCACAUUCGCUGUCGAACUUACCGCCACCGGUACAAUCAUUCAAUAUUGGGAUUCUAGUCUGAACAUCGCAAUUUUCAUCGGAGUGUUCUGGGUGUUCAUCACGGCUAUGAACUUCCUCCCCGUCAAUUUCUACGGCGAGGUGGAAUUUUGGUUCUCAACUAUCAAAGUGGCCACUGUGAUCGGCUUCAUCAUUUUUGCUAUCUGCAUCGACGUUGGAGUGGGAGAGCAGGGCUAUCUAGGCUUUCGCUAUUGGGGCACGCCGGGCGCUUUUGCCUCGUACAGCCCAGAAUUACCAGUAGCUAUUGGCAAGUUCGUUGGUUUCUGGGCCGUUCUUAUCCAAGCUGGAUUCUCUUACCAAGGCACGGAGCUUGUUGGCGUGGCCGCGGGAGAAACCGAAAAUCCCCAAAAGACAGUUCCGUCAGCUAUCCGCAAGACGUUUAUUCGAAUUCUGUUCUUCUUCGUUUUGACAAUUUUCUUCAUCGGACUCGUGGUCCCCUACACCAAUCCCCGCCUCACCACUGCGACAACCAACGCAUCAUCAUCACCUAUGGUCAUCGCGGCUGACUUGGCAGGAGUCAAGGUUCUUCCCAGCUUGAUCAAUGCUGUGCUCUUGUCUGUGGUCUUAUCUGCCGCAAACUCCAAUGUGUACAGUGGCAGUCGAGUCCUGACUGGACUAGCACAUGAGGGAUUUGCGCCAGCCUGCUUUGGGUGGGUGACCAAGCACGGUGUUCCAUAUAUCAGUGUGAUGUUCACCGCUUUGUUUGGUUUGUUGGGUUUCAUGAACGUUUCCAAUGACGCGGGGCAAGUCUUCACUUGGCUUGUGAAUCUUUCCAGCGUUGCGGGUUUUAUUACCUGGGCCUCAAUCAAUGCGUGUCACAUUGCGUUUAUGCGCGUAUUGGCAAGCCGCGGAAUUUCUCGCGAUACCCUUCCAUAUAAGGCCGUGUUGCAACCAUAUCUCGCUUGGUAUGGUCUCUUCUUCAACAUCCUCAUUGCCCUCACCCAGGGCUUCACUUCUUUCAUCCCGCAUUUCCGAGUGACGGACUUCUUCAUCGCGUACAUCUGCCCCAUCGUUUUCGCCGUGCUUUAUAUCGGACACAAGGUGAUCUUUCGUCCGUCAUUUAUCCGUGUAGCCGAUGCUGAUAUCGACACUGGCCGCUUGCACUAUGAAAAGGAAGUUAAUCCUCCUAAGCCAUGGUACGCAAAGGUCUGGGGCUGGGUCAGCAAGUAA